GGCAUGCGCUGUACGGUAGUGCGGCGCUCCGGGCGGAGGCUCUUGAGGGAUGGCGGUGGGGGUCGUCUGGCUGCAUUUUCUGCCGCUGACUCUGUGAGCGACGCCAGCGCCGUGUGUCAUCAGCGGGGCCUACCGCCACGCUACCUCGGCUGUAGAGUGGCAGCGAGAGGCGGUGCGGUUGCUGAGGGGGCGGCGGCCCGUUACCAUGGAAACCUCCGUCCGCAGGGAGGGCAAGAAGUCAUUACGGGUGAAGGUGAUCACCCUGGGCAGUACUGAGGUGGGCAAGAGCUGUAUCAUCAAGCGAUACUGUGAAAAACGAUUUGUCUCAAAAUACAUGGCGACUAUUGGAAUUGAUUAUGGAGUUACAAAGGUUCAGGUGAGGGAUCGGGAGAUUAAAGUUAACAUCUUUGACAUGGCGGGUCAUCCAUUUUUCUAUGAGGUGCGCAAUGAGUUUUACAAAGAUACUCAGGGGGUUAUCCUGGUUUACGAUGUUGGACAGAAAGAAUCCUACAAUGCACUGGAGAGCUGGCUUGCUGAGAUGAAGCAGGAGCUUGGACCUCAUUCAAACCUGGAGAACAUUGUUUUCGUUGUCUGUGCUAAUAAGGUGGACUGUGGGAAGCGCCGUGUGAUUGACGAGAGCGAGGGACGGCUCUGGGCUGAGAGCAGGGGAUUCUACUACUUUGAAACCUCAGCACAGUCCGGUGAGGGAAUCAAUGAGAUGUUCCAGACUUUCUUCUCUUUGAUCCUCGAUUUGUGUGAGAACGGUAAACGGCCUCAGAGCAGCCUUAGCCUGGGCUUUACCAAAGAGCAAGCUGACACCAUCCGCAGGAUACGGAACAGCAAGGAUAGCUGGGAAAUGCUGGGAAUGAAGCCAGGGGCAUCCAGGGAUGAGGUAAACAAAGCUUAUCGAAAGCUGGCCAUGCUCCUUCACCCAGACAAGUGCCUUGCCCCGGGAAGUGAAGAUGCCUUCAAAGCAGUUGUCAAUGCACGGACUGUGUUACUGAAAAACAUCAAGUAAGAAUAGGCUGACGAUUCUGAAACCAGAUAAGAAGCAUCAUCUCCGUAGGCUGAAUGUUACACUACCUAUACUUGAGAUUUCUGUGGAAGUUAUUACAUUAUUUAAUAUUUGGUGUGCGUGCAGGACAAAUAAACAUGAAUGCUUACAGUGAUUUGCACAAUCAAUCUUCGCUGAUCCAUAGCCUUGUAAUUGGAGGCAAGCAGUAAUCAAGUCCUCUGACGGGGCAGUGGUCUGUGUGGUGUGAUGAUGAACACCUAUCAAAGGACGUGCUUUUGCAGGGUGGGAUGUAUUCCAGGCCAACACAGGUAGGCUUUGAAAAUGCACUUCACCAAAUACUUCAAGCUGAACUGAUGAAUCUGGGAUAUUGGUGCUUACCAUUCUUUUCAUGUCCAUGCUAAUAAAGUCUGUUCUGACAAUGGAUCAUUGAACUCAAAUAUCUGAAUAUGACUAUCUGACGGCAUAAACACUGAGUUCUCUUUCUGGUAAUUUAUUUCCUUUCCCCUUCACUCUUCUUUUAUUCCCCAUUCUGGCCUCUCACCUCUUUUUUCUUACCUGCGUUUCAUCUCUCUGGUGUCCCUCCUCCCCGUUCUCCCAUAGUCCACUCUCCACUCCAGUCAGAUUCCUUUCUUCGCCAGCCCUUUACCUUUCCAUCACACCUGGCUUCACCUACCACCUAUCAGCUUGUCCUUCUUCCCCAACCCCUCCUUUUUAUUCUGGUAUCUCCCCCUUCUUUCCCAGUGCUGAUGAAGGGUCUUGGCCCAAAACAUCGAGUGUUUAUGCAUUUCCAUGGAUGCGAUUUGAGCUGCUGAGUUCCUCCAGUAUUUUGUGUGUCUUAUGCUGGAUUUCUAGCAAAGUUUAAAAUACAAAAUAGAUUUAUUAUCAAAGUACAUAUGUCAUCAUAUACAAUCCUGAGACAAACGGGCAGUUUUCUCUGGAGUGGUGGAAGCUGGGGGGAGAUCUGAUAGAGGUUUAUAUGAUUAUGAGAGGCAUAGGUAGAGUAGAAAGACAAUAACUUUUUCCAGGGUUGAAAUGACCAGUGCCAGAGGGCAUGGAUUUAAGGUGAGAGGAUGUAAAUUCAAAGGAGAUGUGAUGGGAAUGUUUUGCACAGGGAGCCACUAGUGGCUGCCUGGAAUGCACUGCCUGCAGUGGUGGUAACAGCAGAUACAUUAGGGACUUCCAGGAGAGGUUUAGAUAGGCACAUGAAUGUGAGGAAAAGUAAAGGAUAUGGACAUUGUGUAGGCAGAAUGGAUUAGUCUAAUUGUGUAUCUGAUAAUUAAUUUAAUUGGUUUGGCACAAUAUUGUGAGCCAAAGGGCCUUUCCUGUGCUCUACUGUUUUAUGUUCUAGUUGCUAAUGACAGCUGUAUUCUGUGAUACCUUUGCUUAAGUGUGAUCUGUUUCUCUGUAGUUCCCAUUCUGCCAUUCUCAUAGGUUGUUCAAAGUUAACAAAACCCAUGGAUUAUAUUUCUCUGUGGGUAUCUUUUUAAUUUUUUAUGUAUGUGGCAAUAAAUCCACAUUAAUCAACAUUAUUUUAUUGAGUUGGAAUCUUUUGGAGUCUUUUGACCUUGUGUUGCAAUGUCAAGAUUGAAAGAAGGUCCUUUGGGUGGAGGCUUGAGUUGUGACCCUAGACUUGGGAGCAUUGCUGACAACACAAUAAACUGAAGGCAAGAUGUGUUGAGGAACAUUUUGUCGGAUAUAUUGUAUAAUCAGUAGUUCUAAACACAAACUGCUUUCCAUUGUAGAACUGGGGAGAAAAUCCAAUAAUCUGAGAUGCAGAGGAACUUGAGAGUCCUUGUGCAGAACACCCUGAAGGUUAAUGAGUGGAACGUCAGAAAGGAUUUUCAGAGAGAAAGCAUUUUACUCCUCGGGGUAAAGAGAGGCAAGACUGCACAGGUGCGUGAUGUCAGCCAGUAGAGCGCGGGAAGAGUUUAAAAAGAUCGCCAUAUACAGCGGGCAGUGUUCGGAGUGGGCAGCGGAGUGAGAGGGUAGCAGACUGAGAGGGCUUUGGCUCAAACGAGGCUUUGGCAAAGAAGGGUCAAGGUGAAGAACUGAUUUGCAGAGAUUCAUAGAUAACGACAUUUGACUUACUCAGCGGGCUCUUCCCUUUCUCCCAUGGUCCUCUUCCGCUAACUUCCGUUGCUCUGGCAUGGCAGGUGAGCUCAGACCCGUGCGAGCUCAGACCCUUGCCAUGCUCCUCCUGUGACGUGGGAACUCAGGGAGGCUGACAUUUUCCCUGAAGACUACUUGUGCAGGAAGUGUGUCCAGUUGCAGCUCCUGAUAGACCACAUGGCAGCACUGGAGCUGAGCAUGGACUCUCUUUGGAGCAUCUGAGAUGCGGAGAAUGUUGUGGAUAAAGCAGUUAGUGAAUUGGUCACACCACAGUUUAAGGAUCUAAGGAAAGACAGAGAAUGGGUGACCAACAGGAAGAGUAGUAGCAGGAAGGUAGUAUAGGAGUCUCCUGCGGUCAUCUCCCUCCAAAACAGACACACCGCUUUGGAGUCUGCUGGGUGAGGUGGCUCAUCAGGUGAAGGCAGCAGUAGCCAGGAUCAUGGCACCGUGUGUGGCUCUGCUGCGCAUGAGGGCAAGAAAAAGAGUGGCAGAGUUGUUGUGGAAGGGAAUUCCAUGGUAAGGGGAAUAGAGAGGACUUGAUUUGACUACAACAGGAUGAGGAAGGAGUUGGCUAAUGUGGAUUGGGAGCACAGGCUGUUUGGUAGGGCAAUUGAGGAACAGUGGAAUACUUUCAAAGAGAUGUUUCAUAGUGCUCAACAGAAGUAUAUUCCAGUCAUAAGUAAGGACAGUAAGUUUGGAGAGAGCCAGCCUUGGAUAACUAAGGAAAUAAAAGAUAGUAUCAAAUUAAAAGCUCAUGUGUACAAAAUCGCAAAGAAUAGUGGGAGACUGGAGGAAUGGGAAAACUUUAAAGAGCAACAGAGAAGAAAUAAGAAAUAAGGAAAGGGAAGAUAGAGUAUGAAAGUACAGAUAGCAAAAGUUUUUAUAAAUAUAUAAAGCGGAAGAGGGUGGCUAAAGUCAACGUAGGUCCCUUGGAAGACAAGAAGGGGAAACUGAUAUUGGUUGAUAAGGAAAUGGCAGAGGCAUUGAACAGUUAUUUUGUGUCAGUCUUCACGGUGGAGGACGCAGCUAAUAUGCCAAAGAGGGAUGUUAUGAACAAAAUUGGAGGUGAGGACCUCGAUAAAAUCACUGUCACUAAAGAGAUAGUGAUGAGCAAACUAGAGGGCCUGAAGGUAGAUAAGUCCCCUAAUCUUGAUGGGAUGCAUCCCAGGGUGUUGAAGGAAUUGGUGGAGGUUAUAGUAGACGCAUUGGUAAUCAUUUAUCAAAAUUCUUUAGACACUGGGCAGUUCCCGAUGGAUUGGAAGACAGUAAAUGUCACGCCACUUUUUUAAAAAGGACUUAUGCAAAAAAAGGGCAACUAUAGGCCAUUCAGCUUAACAUCUGUAGUUGGGAAAAUGCUUGAAACUGUCAUUAAGGAAAAAAUAGCGAAACAUUUAGAAAGGACUGGUUCCAUUAGACGCAGCAUGGAUUCAGAAAGGGUAGGUCCUAUUUGACAGACUUACAUGAGUUCUUUGAGGACAUAAUGAGUGCAGUGGAUAGAGGGGAACAGGUAGAUGUCAUAUACUUGGAUUUCCAGAAGUCGUUCGAUAAGGUUCUGCACAAGAGACUUAUAAAUAAGAUACGGAUGCAUGGAGUUGGAGGAAGUAUAGUGGCAUGGAUAGUGGAUUGGUUAACCAAUAGAAGGCAGAGGGUUGGUAUAAAUGGGUGUUUCUCUGGUUGGCAGUCAGUGGUGAGUGGGGUGCCGCAGGGGUCGGUGCUGGGCCUGCAGCUGUUUACCAUUUACAUUGAUGAUUUGGAAGAGGGGACUGAGUGUGGUGUAGCAGAAUUUGCUGAUGAUACUAAACUGAGUAGAAAAGCAAAUUGUACAGAGGAUGUGGAGAGUCUGCAGAGGGAUAUAGAUAGGUUAAGUUUGUGGGCCAAGGUCUGGCAGAUGGAAUACAACGUUGGUAAAUGUGAGAUCAUCCACUUUGGAAGGAGUAAUAGGAGAGCAGAUUAUUUUGUAAAUAGUAAAAGAUUGUACAAAGUGACUUGGGAGUGCUUGUUUAUGAAUUGCAAAAAGUUGGCUUGCAGGUACAACAGGUUGGUAUGAAGGCAAAUGGAAUGCUGACCUUUAUUGCUAGAGGGAUUGAAUUCAAGAGCAGGGAGGCCAUACUGCAACUAUAGAAGGUACUGGUGAGGCCACAACUGGAGUACUGUGUGCAAUUCUAGUCUCCAUACUUGGGGAAGGAUAUACUGGCUUUGGAAGCAGUGCAGAGGAGGUUCACCAGAUUGAUUCCAGGGAUGAAGGGGUUGACCUUUGAGGAGAGAUUGAGUCGCCUGAGACUAUACACUCUAGAAUUCAGAAGAAUGAGAGGGGAUCUUGUAGAAACAUACAAAAUUUUGAAAGGGAUAGAUAAGAUAGAAGUAGGAAAGUUGUUUCCAUUGGUAGGUGAGACUAGAACUAGGGGACAUAGCCUCAAGAUUCAGGGAAGAAGAUUUAGGAUGGAGAUGAAGAGAAACUGUUUUCCCCAGAGAGUGGUAAAUCUGGAAUUCUCUGCCCAGGGAAGCAGUUGAGGCUUCUUCACUAAAUAUAUUUAAGAAACAGUUAGAUAGGUUUUUACAUAGUAAGGGAAUUAAGGGUUAUGGAGAAAAGGCAAGUAGAUGGAGCUGAGUUUGCAGACAGAUUAGCCAUGAUCUUAUUGAAUGUCGGGGCAGGCAAGAUGGGCCGGAUGGCCUAUUGCUCCUAUGUCUUAUGUUCUUAUGUUAAUUUACAGGUAGAGUUGGUGGUGAGGAAGGCAAAUGCAAUGUUUGCAUUCAUUUCAAGAGGCUUUGAAUACAAGAACAGGAAUGUGAUGCAAAGGCUUCAUAAGCCACUGGUCCCGACUGUGAAAAACAUCAUCUGUGGACCCAGUACUCAAGAAGAGCUAACCAAAAGUCUUGAAUGACUACCAUCCAGAGGCUCUGACCUCACACAUCAUGAAGACCCUAGAGGAGAUGGUCCUGGCUCACCUCCAACCCUCAAUCAGCCCUUGAUCCCCUGCAAUUUGCCUAUAGGAACACAUUGAAGUCAACAAUGCUGUCAUCUACCUGCUGAACAGAGCUUACUCCUAUAUGGAUAAGCAGGGCAGAACUGUGAGGAUCUUGUUUCUCGAAUGCUUUCAAUACCAUAUCCCUAACUGCUGGGGGAAAAGUUCUGUUCAGUGCAGGUUGGAUAAUGGGCUACCUGACUGGCAGACCACGGUUCAAGCCGCUCUUCAGAGCUGUGUAUCAUACGUGGCUGUAAGCAGUACGGAGACCCUACAGGUGACUGUAUUGGCUCCCUUCCAGUUUACUCUUUAUACCUCGGACUUUAGAUAGAACACCGAGUCAUGUAAUUCUCUGUGACUCAGCAAUAAUUGGAUGUAUAAAGGAAGGACAAGAGGAUGAAUACUGGGCCCUGGAGGAGAACUUUGUCAAAUGGUGCAAGCUGAAUCACCUGCAGAUCAACAUUAGGAAGACAAUUGUGAUGGACUUCAGGAAAACUAAGACUGCACUGCUCUCUGUGUCUAUUGAUGGUGAGGACAUGAAUGUAGUGAGGACCUACACCAGGAUGACAAACUUGAGAUAAGCAUCAACACAAAGGCUGUAUACAAGAAAGAUCAGAGUUGCCUCUACUUCCUGUGAGACUGAGGUACUUUGGAGUAUGUAGGCCUCUUGUUCUGUUGUCGCCAGUAUAAUCUUCUAUGCUGUGGUGUGCUAGGGCAAUGACAUCAACAUGGGUGAUGUCAACAAGCUCAAUAAACUGAUUUGAAAUGCUAGCUCUGUUGUAGGAGACAAACUGGACACACUGGAGUAUCUGGUAGAACAAAGGACUCUCCAGAAACUCCUGGCAAUUCUGGACAAUGUUUCUCACCCCUGGCGUGCCACCUUGGCUGAACAGAGAAGUACUUUCAGAAAUAGACUAAGACAACUGUGCUGCUCCAAAGAGGUCAUAUGAGGUCAUUCUUAACCUUGGCCCUUAGGCUCUAUAAUGAGUCAACUUGUAACCGGGGAAGUAGUGAACCCCUCUCCAGUUGAACUGUUUGGGGUAAUUUUGGGGUUAUUUUUUUUUAUUCUUUCUUACUUCUAUUUGAAUAUUUGUAAAUCUGUGCACUGGUAAUGCUUCUGUGACACUGUAAUUUCAUUUGAGAUCAAUAAAGUAUCUAGCUAUCUAAGCCUUUCUUA